AGUAGAACACACUAGUUGAAACACUUAAGGGAAACCAUUUACAAAAUCAAGAGAUCUUGGAUGGGCAUCGGUAGUAGCACCUCAGCAGAUCCACUCAGGGACGUGGACGACGCUUUCAUGUCGCAUUACGCCGCGCUAAAGGCACGAUCAAUCGAUUGGGAAAAGAACUCGAUUCUCAUCCUGACCGGGUCAGACUUGAAGUUGCUUUUCCACGAUAAUGCAAAGUCAACCGUAAACCGUGCGGUCCCAUUUUCGGAAUUAUCUCGGAAAAUGUAUUCUUUUAACGUCCCUUUGUUCCAUCGCUUGAAGUCUCUGUGUCAUCUUCCACUAGCAGUAUUAGCCGUUGUGGCCGGCCACACAGACUUGGAAACAAGUCAGAAAAAGCUCAAAGAACUGGAAACCAAAGCGGUGGCGGUCAAAGAGGCCAUUGUUAAAGAGGAGUACAGCUUUACACAGGAGCAGCGCCAGCGAAAUCUCAGCAUGGUGGAUCAGACGAUCAAGCUUAUCCAUACUUACACAUCCCACAAUCCCGCCACGGAUAAGCAGCUUCCUCAAACCGAUUUAUCGUCGUUUUUCCGCCGUCUUCGCUCUGCUUUCAUGUCCAACAUGUAUGAAGCAACCCUCUCGUGCCUCGAAGCUCUCGAUCACAAGCUCCACGAAAUCAUUGCAGACAUUGGCGCAUCGAAGAAUCUCCACAUCGUUGUGACCGGUGAACAUAUGCCUCAGGAAGAUAACAUGGCACUGCAAUAUUUUCUUGCCGCGUGUGGUAGAAAGAGAGAAGGAGAUAGAGUUUAUUAUGCUACCUCAAAGUACAAUGAAGAAGAACUGGUGCAGUUUGUAGCUCAGCAUUUGGCGGACGGAGUUGUUGGAAUGACGGUGUAUGGAAAUGGAGAGGUGAUGCACAGAGAUCUACUGGCGCCCGCUGCAGAAGAGAUCAUAAAACGAUGGGAGGCCGAAGGUCGCCUACCUAUUCAGGAUCUUUUGAGGGACGCAGACGUGAAAAGAUGGAAAUGUCCCUUUAUAAUAUAGCAAAAUUAAUAGCAAAGACUGUUUGGGUUCCCUCCUCUCAGUUGCAUGAGCAGUGGGUGUACUACGACUUUCCGUGAGCAGAGAACGAACCGCCGUCCCGCAAUCUCUUGCCAGUACUAGGAUCCUGUCAAAAUGAACUCUUUGGGUCAUUGCAUGAAGAAGCAAGAAACCCAAAUCGAGAUUGCCUCCUGUUGGAUGGACAAGCACAUGAUAAUGGCCGCUCUUUCACGUGAGAUUAUUCUGCUGUGCUUUCAGACGGAAUACAAAGGUUGGACAACCUACUGGAC